AUGAAAAAGCUUCGUCGGGUGAAUGCAAAAGCUGGUCAACAAGGUUCUAAUCCAGAAAAAGAGAGAAAAACACCACAAGAAAAGGCUAAAUUAGAAAUUGGUGGGCAUAUGGUGACCCAAAUGUACUAUGGAUCUAAAGGAUUCCUCGAAUGA